AAGCUCUGAGAGAGAGAGAGAGAGAGAGAGAAGAGAGAGAGAGAGAUGGCAGAGGUGGCGGUGAAGAUUGUGGAGACGGAGAAGCCUGUGGCUCCGGCGGUGGAGACCGCUGUCGCGGAGGAGGAGAAAGUCGGCGCUCCUCCUCCUCCUCCGCCGGAGGAGAAGGUUCAAGAAUCCAACGCCAUCGUAGUUGCCGAAAAGGCUCCAGAUGCUGCAGCAAAGAAAAUUUCUGGGGGAUCAAUUGACAGAGACAUCGCACUUGCCGAAGUUGAGAAAGAAAAGAAGAUGUCAUUUAUCAAGGCAUGGGAAGACAGUGAAAAAUCAAAAGCAGAGAACAAGGCCCAGAAAAAAUUGUCAGCUGUUGCUUCCUGGGAAAACAGCAAGAAGGCAGCUGCCGAAGCAAAAUUGAGGAAAAUGGAGGAACAACUAGAGAAGAAAAAGGCUGAAUAUGCAGAGAAAAUGAAGAACAAGAUCGGUCUAAUCCACAGGGAAGCGGAAGAAAAGAAGGCAAUGGUUGAAGCUAGACGAAAGGAAGAGAUUCUUAAGGCAGAAGAAAUGGCUGCAAAGCACCGUGCUACCGGGUACGUCCCGAAGAAGCUCGUCGGGUGCUUUUGAAGGCAGUUUUGAACCAUAGCAAGAAAGGGUGAAAUGAUUUUUUAGUUCCUGUGUGUCCAUUCACAGUUUGUUGAGUGUGUAUAGUUAAAAAAAAUCAGAAUGUUCAUUUUCCA